AGCCUGGCCCCAGCUGGGAGACCCCAGGCGACGGCGCUCGCGCGCGCACUCCCCCCACCUUCUUGAGCCGCGUGGCGCGCGCCUGUGCUCUAGGCGCGGCCCUGCAGUGGCAGCGGGGCUCCUCCUUCUGUUCCUCUUCGGUCCCCGCUUCUCCUGGGCCUCCCCCUCGGGCGCUCUCGCGCUAACUGUGCUCCUCUGGAACUCCUCCGCCUGCUCCCAGCCAUGGCCUGGUGCUCCGCGUUCCUCGUCUGUUUCGCUUUCUCCUUGGCCUCCCUGGUCCAGAGAGGAUCUGGGGACUUCGGUGAUUUAAAUCUGGAAGAUGCACUUCUAGAAACUUCCUCAGCAAAGCAAAGAUGGAACGAUGUCACCACCACCACAACCAAGAGGCCAGGAACUACAAGAACUCCAGCAAAUCCUGCAGGUAAUGACUUUGAUGCUGUCGGUGAUCGAGAUGAUGGCCGCAGGAGACCAAGCACAGGAGGAAGAGAGAGAUGGGACCACGUCACCACAAGAACAACCAAGAGGCCAGCAACCCCCAGAGCUCCAGUAAAUCCUCUAGGAAAUGAUUUUGAUUUGGCUGAUGCCUUAGAUGACCGAAAUGAUCUAAAUGAUGGCCGCAGGAGACCGAGCACAGGAGAAGGAGGUUUUUCAGACAAGGAUCUUGAAGACAUAGUAGGGGGUGGUGGUUAUAAACCUGACAGGAAUAAAGGUGAUGGCGGAUAUGGCAGCAAUGAUGACCCUGGAUCUGGUAUGGUGGCAGAGACCGGCACCAUCGCUGGGGUGGCCAGCGCCCUGGCCAUGGCCCUCAUCGGUGCCGUCUCCAGCUACAUUUCCUACCAGCAGAAGAAGUUCUGCUUCAGCAUUCAGCAUGCAGCAGAAGGUCAAGAGGGUCUCAAUGCAGAUUAUGUGAAGGGAGAGAACCUGGAAGCCGUCGUGUGUGAGGAACCCCAAGUGAAGUACUCAGCGCUGCACACACAGUCUGCAGAGCCACCACCCGAAGCGGCCCGGAUCUGAGGGUCCCUUUCAGCAGCAGGUGCCACCGCUUGUGACUCGGCUCUUUCAUUUGGCCCCACAGCUGCUGUGCUGCUCAUUCGAUGUCACUGGCUCCUUGUUGUUCGAAGCUUUCUGGAUGAGUCCUGGGUGCUCGUGAGUUUGGUUUCUGUGCCCUCCAUGUGGGGGUGUCCACCCUGCCGCAGGGGCUUUGACUUGUGCUGAUAUUCAAGAGCCGACUAUAGCACAGAGACAGCCUUGGACACUGCAGGGUCACCGCUCCCCAAAGCUGGCCUGUCCCCAGCCUUACUGAGCACAGAGUGGGAGGAGGCCGUGACCGGGGAGGAAGAUGCUGGGGAUGACAGAGGACAUGCACACUUAGGGAACAAGAGCUUCAACCAGGACACUGUGAUCCCCUGCACACUGGAGUGGCUCAGUGGGGGUUCCUGCCAUAGGCAGCCCCUGGCAGAGACCUCAGAGCUUGGGGGCCCAGCCAGCACCUGGUGCACCAGCAGUCCCUGCGAGAAGUGAACCGGUCAGCACCGAGUGACACACCACACGUGCAGCACUCAGGGCGGGGUUUUCAUUUUAGUCUUUCUUUCCCAUCCAGGUUUUACGUUGCUGGGCUUCCAGACAGCCGGUCCUGGUGGAGGCUGUUCAGUUCUUUAAGUGCAAACAUGAAUCUCAUGAUAGUCCUGCCCUGAAAGUUUGGGAAUCUUCUGGAUAAGUAGCAAGCUCAGACUUGCAGUCCUGAUUCCCAGCUGAUUCCAUAGGAGAUGGGGUGUGUUUUAAGGCUGAUGUGCUUAGUCUUUAGGAAUUAUCACAUUGGAAACAUUUGAGACUGGCAGGGGAGGUGCUCCACUCCCACCCUGUCUGUGAUCUGACUUAGCCAGCAGGAGCUAGAUGGCAGGAAUAAGCCUCAGAGGCUGAAGCAUGCCUGUUUGGGGGAAAAAAAAUGCGUGGGGGUGGGGAGGGAAGGGGAAAGGGAUACUCACUUGGUUUAGCGAUAGCGAGAGGCACCUGACUUGGCAGUCCCAUGGCCAGCCCGCCGCCUGUUCAAAUGAAGAGCACGUGGGCCCGAGCUCACCUUGGCAAACAGGAUAACCCACCUGGCCACUUGCCCCUCACCUAUCCUGGAGCUGCCUGGGUUGGUUAGGACCGGACCAGAGCUGGCUUCCCAGCAUGUUCCUUUGGACCCUGUGUGGCUCUGUGCUAGUGAGCUCUUCUGUGGAAGACUGAGCUGGGGUCUACUGAUAAUCUGUUUGCCACGUCACAAAGCACUUGUGAAAGCAGAAUAUGAGUCACCAGACAGGCAGGAUCCUAUUUACAAAACUCCCCGGCCUCUUUAGCCUAUGCGGCAGCCCCACAAGCUCCACAGGCUUUUUUAAGAACCCCCUGGAAUCCGCAGCCUGCACAUGCUUUCUGAUGCAUGCCUCGUGUGUUUGUUUUAAAAGAUCCCCAUGGUGGGAAGGUAGCAUUUAUAGCACUGGUCUCAAGGCUGCCCCUCUGGGUCGUCCCCAGCGUGUGCCUGUGGGCACCAAAACACCCCUCCUCCUGCUCAGCCCUAUAAGACCGGCAGGCCAGGACUGGGCAGGAGCCAUGGAGGGAGGAAGCUGUGGUCUGGCCCCGAAAAGCUCCCUGUCCUUCUGGAAUGUAAUUAGCAAGGUAGAGGUUGCUUGCAAGAUGGGCCUGUUUCCAGGGCUUCCCACCUUUGUUGGCUAGGUUGUCAGGUUUGAGCCUCCCUAACACCAAGGACAGUGGCCUCAUCCCCAGCUGGUGCUGGGUUAGAGGUGGCUUCGGAGAAUUUUUGAACCUAUGGCUUCUUGCUACCUACACAGCUGCUACCUACACAGCGUGGCCUCGGGGUAGGGGUUUCCACCUUGCCGAGGCCUAUCCAGUGGCAAAGACCUGGAAGCCCUAGAGCUGUGACAUAAACAUUGUGCAACCAUGUGCUCAGUAGCGCCAACUUCAAUUACCAAAAGGCCUCUUUGCCCUCCUCUAGCUGGGCACCUUCUGCACAGAGCUCAUGGCCCGCUCCCAGGCCUGCAGGUGGCAGACGCUCCCAGAGGACCCCUCGGCCGCUUGUGUGCAGAGCACCCAUCCCAGGGGCAGCUCCUUUCCACAGGCAUUUUAGCCCUGUUGGGCACUGUCGCCUGCGGAAGCCUGGGUGACUCUUGUAACUGUCCGUGUGAAGGUUGUAUGUACCAGCUUAGGCCUAUCCCAGGUGAUGAGAGAGAACUCUAAGGGCCAAUUAAAAAGAGCCAAUCUGUGUCAGCUUCAUUUGGCAGCAAAAACUACAGACUGCAUAGUGUCAGUCAGUGCUCACGGACACUAAGCCGAGGUCAGGGAAGCCUGGUGGCCCAAGGCAGGCCCUCAGGGAGGCCGGCUGGCUUGGCCCCAGGGCAGGUGUUGGUACCAGUGCUCUGAGGAGGACAGGGAGACUGAUCUCAGAAUCCUCUAUAUCUCAAUUUAUUUAUGUACUUGUGUCCAGGUGUGAAUUGUAAACUGUCUAGUGUUUGCAUUAAACAAAAUGGCACCUCGCAGAUCCCCAUACUCUGGUGUGGAGGCAU